CGAGACUACAGCGUGACGCCACAAAGGACCGAAAUACGAUCCCUACUUUACCCCUCUGGGACUAAAGAGGAUAUCACCAGGCAGCAUCAUUCGUAAUCAUUUAUCCAAGUAUUCAAAAGUAAUAUAAAUACGGCCAUACUAUCUUUUACUGCUUUCAGACAUCAGUAUUACCCUUUAUUCUUCUAUCAUAUCGACUGACACCAUGAAAGCUCGUGAAUAUAUCUACAAGAAAGGUAAUGAAGGCGAAGAUAUUCUUACCGAUGUGUACUGGUCAGAAAUACCCUCCAAAUGUAGCAGUCCUAUUGCAAUUAUCUACCAUGCCGGCGGUUUUGUCAAAUGGUCUAAAGCGGUCGUUCCGAAAUCAGAAAUCUCUGCUCUAGCAAAGAUAGGAUUUGUGGUAAUAGUGCCGAACUACAGACUAUGUCCACAAAUCUCUGUCCACAAUGGUCCGAUCACAGACUCUAGAGACUGUUUGGUAUGGGCAGCUAACGAGUUGCCCGGAUUGUUGCAAGAUGAGUCUGUGGAAGUAGACCCGACUCGAAUUGUUACUAUGGGACAUUCUGCAGGCGGAACAUUGGCUUUAUUGAUGGGAUCUGCGCCCGAAGUCCCAGUCACAGCGGUUCUUGACUUCUAUGGCCUCAAGUACUUUUCCGAUCCGACGUGGCGACUACCUAUUCCCGAGUUUCGAAAAUCAUCCUCUUGGCCACAGGAGUAUAUUGAUAAGGUUUACGAGGGGCACCAAGUUUCUGCAUCGCCGCGUUAGGGGGCGAUAGUCUUCCUCCGAGGGAUGCAUGGUUCGCUACUCAUAUGAAACAAGGAACUUUGUUGGAUGAGCUAGUCCAGAAUGAAGAUAAGAGUUGUAUUGAUGGUACAGCUCGGUUUUCGACCUCAUUUCCACGAACCAUGUUUAUUCAUGGAACAGCAGAUAAAGUGACGAACCAUCGUUUUAGUGAACGGGCUCAUGAAGAAUUGAAGAGAUUGGGGGUCGUUACAGAUCUGUUACUGGCAGAUGGUGAGGAGCAUGUGUUUGACUUGACCUUGGAAGAAGAUGAUAUGAACUUUGUUAAGUAUGUCCUACCUGGGUUGGAGUUCCUUGCCCGGGCAGUAGGAUUGCUGUAAAUAGUGAAGAUAUAGAGCUGUAAGUGGCUGAUACAUUGCAUGAUUGACUUUGGUUGAACGAACGAAUAGCCUAUGAGUCUAUUCAUAUAUAGAGCUAAGGUACAUUGCUCUUAUAAUGCAAUAUCACAUAAGUUAUCUUUUGAUAGGUAUACAAAUUUAGGGAUUUGACUACCUAGUAGUAGUAGUAGUACUGAGGCAUAGCACUAAUGCUAGUGGAAAACCGUAUGAUUGGUCAAUUCAGUAAGACUGCUGACUAACCAUUUCGGGCAUGAAUUUAGAUGCAAACAAAUA